AUGAUUGCUGAUAUAAAUACAAUAAUUCAAUUAUUAUUAUGUGAAUGUAAUAAUAUUGGUAACAUUUUCAUAAUAGUUAUUGGAAUAUCAUCUGUUUGGUGUACUUUUGCUUACAAAGCACAAAAAGUUAUUGUAUUUGUUUUACCAAUUGAUGAAAAUAUUUUUCAUUUUAAAAAUUAUAUUAUAGCAGCAUUAUUCUUAAAAUUUGUUGCUAUUAUUAAAAAGUAUACUGAACUUAUUUUAGCUGAUACAUUUUUCAUUGAUUGGGAAAAACCAAAAGGUGAAAUUAAUAAUAAAGAAUAUAAUAAUAUAAAAGGAGAAAAUUUAUUAAAUAAUAAGAUAAAUAAUAUUAAUAAAGAUAAUAAAUUAUUUUUAAGACAAGUUGGAAUAUGGAGAACAUAUUUUGUGGCAAAUGAAUGGAAUGAAUUACAAAAUUAUCGUAAAAUACAUAUUGGUAUUCAUCUUUUUUCAAUUAUUAUAAUAUUUGAAGUAUUAAAUUUGAAAAGUUUUACUGUUGCUGAACCUGGAUUCAAUUUUUAUAAUGAAUUAUUUAAAGUUAAUUAUUAUUCAUCAUUUUUUAGAUUUGGUGUUUUAAGUGUAAUAUAUUUUGGUAUGCUAUUAAUUCAAUGGAUAAUACGGAUAUUUAUUCUUGAACCUAUAAUUGAUCCAUUUCAUAGUUUUAUAGAUUUAUGUUCAAUAGCUAAUAUAAGUGUUUUAUCAUUAACACAUUCACUUCAUGGUUAUUAUAUACAUGGACAAUCACCACAUGGAUAUGCUGAUACAAAUAUGCAAGAGAUAAAUAAAUUUCUUCAAUUAGAAAAAAAUAAUCAAUGUGGAUUUAGAGGACUAGAGAAUGGUAGUGAUUUACAAACAUAUAUAAUAACAAUGCCAAAAAUAUUUAGAGAAAAAUUUCUUAAAAUACAAGGAAUAUUAAGACAAUCUAAUGAAAUUCAAAUGAAAACAAGAAAUAGUAAAACAAUAACAGAAAAUGUAGAAUUUAGAUCAAAAGUUUAUGAUGAAUUAAAUAUGUUUUUAAGAAAUAUUAUAGAACAUGAUGAUGAAGAAUGUGAUUAUGAUAUAACAACAAUGAAAGUAAUGGAAGAUAUAACAGAUAUGGAAUUUGCUGAUAUUACAAAUAGAGGUAUUUUUUAUAAAGAUACUUCAGAAGUAGCUUUUACACAAUCAUUUAUUUAUGGUAAUGAAUGGAUUAUGUGUACAUUUGAAUUUUGCCUUUUUCAAUGUAUAGAUAUUAUUUUCAAUAAUGUAUUAAUAGCAGCAUUUUUAACAUACAUUAUUUCACAAAUAAUAAAAAAAACAGCAAGUAUUUUUUUCACAAGUCAUUUAAUUAAAAGUAGCUUAAUUGAUCAUAGAUUUUUAAUUUAA